AUGUCUCGAUUGGUUCCUUACUUGAUCACACCAGAACUGAAGCGUAUAGCUCGUUUUAUUGGGGGUCUAGCCUCAGAAAUCAAGGCAAGUGUGAAAGCAUCGAGACCUACCACGUUCAGGUCAGCGGCAGAUCUAUCACUAUCUCUCGCACUUGAUGUGGUCAGAAACAAGGCUGCCAAAGCUUCUGCUGAAGGAAAGCGUAAAAGGGAGGAUGAGAAUUCUCAUCGUUCCGAUAAGAAGAAAAAGGGGGACUCUGAUCAUAAGAAGAGUUCCGGGUUUAAGAAGGACAACCAGCAGUCGGGUGAAAAGACCAGGGACCAAGUCUCGAGUAUGACAAACUCGGAUAAGACAACCGUCAAUCACGCCAUUGGUGAUGUGACACAUGCUAAAGAUACUACAAUUGUGAACCUCCGAAUUGACAAAGAUGUUCUCCAAGCUAUAAUAGACGCAACUGUUGGAAAGGCUGUGAGGAAGGCCGUGAAAAAGUUCAAGGAGCCCAAUGCUACUUGCUCCAAAUCUCAUCUAAGACCACACUUCCUUACUCACGAGAAGAAUCUUGUUCAUGCCUCAAAUGCAAAGGAUGAACUAAGAAGGAAAAGGGAGGAAGAUAACUCCCAGAGUUCUAAGAAAAAGGGUAAGCUUGAGCUUAAGGAUAACAAACAAAAGUCCAACAAGAAACCUGUAUGCAAGACCUGCAAGAAGUGCCAUUAUGGGAAGUGCAGGUUCGAAUCAAAAUCCCAAUCACAGCCUAGGGCUUGUGGGAUCUGCAAAUCUAGUGAGCAUAAAACAUUAGAAUGCAAGAAGAUAAGAGAUGCGUGUUGUUACAACUGUAACGAGAAGGGGCAUAUCAAGUCAAAUUGCCCAAAAUAUACAAAGAAGCUUGAAGAACUUAAGAAGACCAACGCUAGGGUCUUUCAGAUGGGUGCAAAAGAGCCAUACAAGAUGACAAUGUUAUAA